GCGAAACAUCAUCACAGACACGGCACUCAGCGCUCGCAGAGUCUUAAUCGUGGACACUCGCUCUCGCGCUCCGAUGGCACCUGGUGACAUCACGGGACCACGGGCAGCGUAGUAACGUGCGCCGAGUGCGGCCAGCGCACGAUGGGUAACAAACUAUCAUCGUGUUCGUGCGCUCCCAUCCUCCGCAAGGCGUACCGCUACGAAGACAGCCCGUGGCAAAACUCCCGCCGACGAGAUGGACAUCUCUUACGACUAUGGGCUGAAGUAUUUCACGUAUCAGCAAGCGGCGCCGGCACCGUUAAAUGGCAGCAGGUGUCAGAGGACUUAGUGCCAGUUAACAUCACCUGUAUACAAGAUUCGCCCGAGUGCGUGUUUCACAUCACUGCUUACAAUUCGCAGGUCGACAAAAUACUCGACGUCAGACUAUUGCAACCUGGCACUCGUAUCGGCCAGGCUUCAGAAUGCUUUGUAUACUGGAAAGAUCCAAUGACCAACGACACAUGGGGUCUUAAUUUUACUUCUCCCAUCGACGCCAAACAAUUCAGAGAAUGUUGCUCACCGUCAUUCAAAUUCUCACGUAAGGCUUCAUCGAGCUACAGCCUCAAGUUGGAGCCACCGGGCAGCAAACAGAAAUUCAAAACCAAGAGGAAACCUGUAUCCACACCGGCCAGUCCUAACCGAUCAAGCCUUACUUACGGCCGCGAGCCACAAUGCACCUGCAUGACACAAGAACAGUAUGCCAGAUUAAGAGCGCAAGAUCCACGAUACCGCUCGUCUACUCUGCCACGUACAACUACACGUGCCAUUGAAACAGAUGCGGGAGCGAAUGCCGCCGGCCGCUCCGACAAGGUUGCUGCCGCUACUUCUUCUACUUCACUCUAUGACAACGUCAGCAGCUCUCAGCCCGCAAAUCAAGCGCCACCUAAACCCGCUGCUCGGCAAACAGAAACCCAGCCGCCUACACGUCCUCCUAAAUCACAGGAGACCUCGACCAUGACCACAAACACCUCAACUGCGCCAAAGACCGUUACCGCCUCUGUGGGCACACAUGGCACAAAUACAAACGAAGAAUCCCAAACAAACAAUGGCCAGACAACUCAGCAUGGUCAAGAUCUUAAAUCAGAAGGCAUCCAAGCAGGAGGCACGCUGACUUCCUCUAAGUCUUCUGGUACUUCCACACGCUCCAAAGAUCAUCUGCAACACAUGCCUAAGAGCGUCGAUUACGGGGACGGAAAUGAGUCUUCUCGGGAACAAGAUCGACAUACUAUGCACAACCACAACGUAAUCAAUAACAAUACGUCUGGAUCACGACGUACAAAAUCUAAAAGCACAGAAGAUAUGAAUAUGGAUUCGAGCACACUCAAACGAAUGUUGAAGCCAAUGCCGUCAACAGAAAGCCCAGUUACGUCACCGGAGAUGGGACGCCGUCGAUACGGCGGUGCCGGACCGUGUCCUCCAACCUGUGGGUCUCACGGCCAUCGUCACCCGCAGCACAUGCAUCAUGGACACUACGCUCACGUCGUCAACAACAAUGGCCGACAAGGCUCACAACGCCGAGGCGUGGGCGUGGGUGCGGCUCCGAGCGGGUACCCGGGCCGCGGCCUGUACCUCGAGCUGGGUGGUGGCGAGCGUGACCUGUCGCCGCCAUCUGAUAACGUGAUGUUUGACAACCAGUGCUACGCGACCACGCCUUCGUCUUCCAAUGGGAACUCCGAUCAGGAGCCUUGUCAGCGUCGUGAUCGAGACCCCAGACAACAUCACCACGGACAAAAGCCGUGCCUGUCGCGUCAGGCGUCGCAGUCCAGCGCGACGCCAGCCCCCGGGUCGCCGACGUCGCGGCUGCUGCUCGAGUAUGAGAUGCAUCUCCGCAAUACGCUCGCCAAGGGUAUGGACGCCGAGAGUUAUAGCCUACAUACAUUCGAAGCUCUCUUGAGCCAGAGUAUGGAGGAUUUGGAAUACAGCGACAAUAUGCCGCCUUCAAAUCAACGAAGUCCAUACCCACCACGUAGACGCCCCGCGUCGCAGUGCUCGGGUGCGGGGAGCCGCUCAUCCACGCUGCCGCUGCCGCAUCGCCUCGCCGAGCGCCCGCACCCUGGCCGCGCUGAUCGCGAUGGAUACUACAGUGAUCGCAACGAGCUGAUGCGGGAGCGCGAGAGAGACCGCGAGCGUGAGCGUGGCUAUCUCAGCGACCACAAUACAAGGGAUCGUAUACGAGAUCGAGAUCAAGGAUAUCUAAGCGACCAUCAGUCAAGUUUCGUAAGCGCGUCUCGUUGCGCAUCAUGUAUCGGUGAGUCGGCACGCUCCGCGUGGUAUCGCCACUCUGACGGCUGGCGCGGAGCCCCGCCGCCUGGGCCUCGUCGCUCACCGUGGGACUCCUUACCCAGUCUCCGACAUGAAGGAAGCCUUAACGAUUCCGGGUAUAGAAGCAAUAGAGCUGAUAGCUUUGAGCAGCGAGGAGUGUUCGAUCGACAAGACAGUGUGCGAUCGGAGUAUGCGAGCGAUCGUGAGUCCUCCCGUUACGGUAUCGUGCAGCAGGCCUCAAUCGACAGCACGGACUCCAGGAUUUGUUACCUGACUUCUAGUGAGAUAUCGGAUGAUGACCGCAUGUCGCUGACCACAGCCGUAUCUGAUGAAGAGGAACCUGGUGAGAGCGCAAUGAACUCUCCGUACAAAGGCAAACAGACAGGUGCCGCUGCCGCGUCAUUCAAUUGCACCGGUGCUGUCAGGAAGGCUGGAUUUUUAAGCGUGAAAAAGUGGUUGCUACGCAAGAAACACCAGAUUGAGCUCGCUCGUAAGCGAGGAUGGAAGGGGUACUGGGUCUGCCUGAAGGGCACAACUCUACUUUUUUACCCUUGCGACUCUCGUGAGGGCCGUUCAGUAGAAGCUGCACCAAAACAUCUCAUUAUUGUCGACGGAGCCAUCAUGCAACCGAUACCUGAACAUCCCAAACGUGAUUACAUAUUCUGCUUAAGUACAGCUUUUGGUGAUGCAUAUCUAUUCCAAGCGCCAUGUCAAAUUGAGCUCGAAAACUGGGUGAAUAGUAUACACAGUGCAUGUGCUGCGGCAUUUGCUCGACACCGCGGCAAAACAGGAACGCUUCACCUACUUCAAGAAGAAAUUUACCGUCUAGAGAAAGCAAUUGAAUCCGAUCACAAGUUGAAACACAUGGCAGAUCUGCAGCAAUCGGUUGUAUCGGAUCCGGAAACGAGAGCGCAGUUGGUAGUACAAAUGCUGCAGUGGGAAGAAAAUCUGGAAAGACUACACUGCGAACAAUUCCGACUUCGAUGCUACAUGGCUAGCCUGCAGAGCGGCGAGUUACCAAAUCCUAAGUCAUUGCUGACGCACGUGUCACGUGGCACCAAAAGCACGCUGAACAAGCUGGGCGUGUUCACGGUGUCAUCAUUCCACGCGUUCAUCUGCGCACGCUCCCCCUCGCUGCUAAACAACUUACUUGCUGGCCGCGGCGCAACCAAGCGCAGGGCUCCUAAUCUGUCACGAUCCAACUCUGGUUCCAGCCGACGUUCCAUGCAGAUGUCGCGUGAAGAAGGCGAAGCCGCCGUAAGGGUUUCAUUACCCGAAGGUACCACUGCGACUGUGGGCGUACGCGAAGGGAUGUCGGUCGAGGAGUUCCUCGCGUCCGCCUGCGCUCGGCGCUCGCUCAACCCGCUCGAGCACUUCGUGAGGGUGAAGAAACGGCGCGACAUGGAAGACCACAACUACUUCGUGCCGCAUAGAAGUGAUCUCAUUGAAACCUAUCUACACACUCAUGAAGUAGUAGAAGUGUGCGCCAAAAUCCUGUAUCAAGUGGAGCUGCAGCGCACGACGCUAGAGCAGAUGUGGGGCUUUAGCGUUGAGGCUGAGCUCAUCGAGAAUGCAGAGCGCCAGGACGAGCUCUGCUGCUACGUCAGCCGCGUCGAAGACAAGAGCGUCGCUAUGCAGAAUGGUAUAAUCAAAGGCGACGAAAUAAUGGUAAUUAAUGGAGCGAUCGUAUCUGACCUAGAUAUGAUGUAUUUGGAGAGCGUGCUACAAGAGGAACUCUCCCUGGUUAUGAUGAUGAGGUCGUCGCGGACGGAGCCGCCGGAGCUGAGCGGCGUGAUGCGCGCAGCCACGGACGAUAUAAUCGAUUCGUUGGUGUGUCCACCGCCGCCUAGCGAGCCGCCCGUCAUCUCCGACGACAUGAUAUCCGGCCUCAUCGUGCCGGCGCCUGCUUGGAGUAAAGAACUGUACAGCCCAGAAGCGGAAGCACAUGGCGAUGCGACGAGCACGGGCCCGCCGAAGGUUAGCUCUCGGACUAACUCCUUCGAGAUCGAGAACCUCCUUAAGAGUGCGGAGCAGGUGACGGGCUGGUGCCGUUCUCCGGCCGACACGCGCCGUGGCAGCCCCACCGGCAGCCUGACCAGCGCGGCGGUCACGCCCUCGCGACACCUUUCCGACGCGGACAAGCUGCGUAAAGUCCUCAUGGAGCUCGUCGACACCGAGCGCGCUUACGUCAAGCAUCUAAAUAACUUGUUGGAGAAUUACUUGGAACCGCUGAAGAAGGAAACUUUUUUAUCGAACGCCGAAAUCAACGCUUUGUUUGGAAAUAUUCAAGAGAUAGUAACUUUCCAAAGACAAUUCCUACAAAAUUUAGAAGAAGCGCUGGAGGCUGAACCCAAUUUCAACCAUUUCGAAUUAUCUAAUCAAUUCAAGAACGUUCUCUUCGCAGUUGGAAAUGCUUUCCUCUAUUACGUCAACCAUUUCAAAUUAUACAGUUCUUUCUGCGCCAGUCACAGUAAGGCACAGAAAGUUUUACAUCCGAACGAAGGUAACCAAGCGUUACAAGAAUUCUUGGCAGCUCGCAAUCCAAAACAACAACAUUCUUCAACUUUAGAGUCGUACCUAAUUAAACCUAUUCAAAGAAUCCUCAAAUAUCCAUUACUUCUGCAACAGUUGAGAAAUUUGACUGACGUGAAUUCGGAGGAACAUCUUCAUUUAGUGGAAGCCUUAAAGGGAAUGGAAAAAGUUGCAGAGCAUAUAAAUGAAAUGCAACGCAUACACGAAGAAUACGGUGCUAUAUUUGAUCAUUUGUUUAGACAACACCAGAAGUCUUGCAAGCAACCCAUUGAUCUGAGCCCUGGUGAUUUGUUGUACUAUGGAGGCGUAGAAUGGUUGAAUAUAUCAGACUUUUUAGGUAAAAUAAAGAAGGGACUGGAAUUGCACGCUAUGUGUUUUGUUUUUAAAUCAGCCGUUGUCUUCCUUUGCAAAGAAAGACUGAGACAGAAGAAAAAGUUAAUGGGUGUUUCCUCAAAAAAUAAUUCUAACGAGGUAGAAAUAAUUCGUUACCAAGUAUUGAUACCGGUAACGGAAGUGCAAGUUCGAGCUUCCUCAGCUAAGGAUAUGGACAGUCACUUCCUCUGGGAACUUAUCCACUUGCGCAGUCAACUCCAACGACGAUCCGAAAAAGUUUACGUUUUAUCAAACAGCACCGCGGACUUCCGCAACGCGUUCCUCAAGACAAUUCGGCAAAUAAUCCGCGAGUCGGUCCGCAAUAUGUCGCUGCCAAGCGCGCGGCCCGCGCCCGCCCCGCCGCGCGCGCCGCACGCGCACCACUCGCACCACACGCUCGACCGACCCAAGCACCAGGUGCAGGUAAUGCAAGGAUCCCAAACACUUGGAAAGACCAAGAAACCUAAAACUACUGGACAACGCCUCUCUGCUGGAAAUAUCGAAGUCGGUGAUUUAUCUAGGGAGAACUCACAAGAAGCUGAGGAACCACCGCAAAUGUCUGAGGUAUCUUCAGAUGAAGCUACAUUUAGACAGAGAAGCAAGACGCUUGGCGAUACAGCAGCAGAUAUUAGCAAGCGAGUGGCGUCAGGUGCGUCGAGCGCGAGCGCAGCAGGCGCGGGCGCGGAGGGCUCCAAGUCCGAAGGCGAGGACGAGCCGCCGCCGCCGCCCGCCAAGCGAGGGUUAGGCCGCACUCCCAACCACCUCACCCUCAGCACGACGUCGACGUUGAGCGCUGGAAGUACGGGAAGCCAGGCCAGACUUAUCCAAUCUUCGCAUCAACCAACCCAGUAUCAACCUACUAUGGUCAGGGAGCUAGGUAAGCAUGGGUCUCAAUCGCUUAAAUCUUCACCAGAGAGAAGGGGUUCAUCUGCGUCAGAGAAAAAAAUCAAAGUGAUACGGUCAGGCAGUGGCAGCAGCAUUAAUAGAGAUAGGUCUCCAAUGAGAUCCAGCGGACAUAUUUCACCCGACAGAGACCGUGUGACGAAAGUUAUUAUUUGCAAAUCCCCAAAUAAGUCCAGCUUGAAGCAAAGUAGUAAGGCGCUCCAUCGAUCACCAAGAGGUAGUUUUGAUCAAUCUAAAUCCCCUCGAGAAUCGAUUGACAAAUCUCGCUCGCCUCAGCAGAGUUUCGACGGUUCUCGAUCACCCCGCGGUAGUAUAAUGAAAUCGAGAGAGAGUAGCCUUGAUCGAGCAAAAUCACCAAAACCAGCCCCCAAGAAGGGCAUAAUGCGCACUCCGCAAGCUAGUUUUGACAGAUCUCCCUGCAAAUCUCCAAACACUAGUCGCCGAUCUUCUAAAUCAAGCGGUGAGAAGUUAGCUAAACUAGGAACUAAUUCCCUCGAUAGAAUGACGCACUACUCACAACUGGCGAAAGCCGAAGAUAAGGCAAUAAAAAUGGGUAUCGUCGUGUCUAAAUCGACCGAGUCUAUCGCAAAAGCUAUCGAGCAUCCGACCUGCGUUGAAUGCUACCUCUCGGGGAAGAAGCAAAGUAAAACCUCCUAGCAUAAGGGGAAGGGCAAACAGCCCAAACCUCGCCGGAAGUCUUUAGCGUCUCAAUCGAUUUUAGUAACAUCGGAUCGCAGCAGUGUUGAGACGCUCGACGGCUCCGGGCACGAGCGCGGCCGUUGCCCUUCCUCCCGUCAUUGCCUGAAGAAUGAUUUCGAUCAGAUACAUGUUUAAUUUACUUGACAACUGUUGCAAACCGUUGACUAAGCGACACUUCUUCGAAUGAAGUUACAUUGUUGUAGCUGUCACGUAAAUAAAUCGAAAGAUCUUGUAGUCACUUACUGCUGGACCUUCAUCGCUUAGUGAACAGUUUGCAAACGCUGUUG